UUCGAUGACAUGUGGAAAGAUCUGAUAGAGAGGGACGAAACGAGAAUGCAAGACGACAAUCAAAUAUAUACCAUACUCCCAAUAAGCCACAGCAGCUUCCACUACUUGUAAGACCUCAACGAAAAAUAAAAGGAGACAUGGUCACGUGAGACAAAACUUGACUGUGAUCGGAGCUCGGACCAUCAGAACCCUGCAUGCAAGGCGUUCAGGCCAGACUUCGUGAUUUCUAGAAGACAGAAUUCUAGCAAUCGAUUCACAUCCUCAUAACAAAAUACCAUGGCAGACCAGAUAUUGGAGCAGGCCCGUGAGCUAUUUGAAGGUCAAAUUGACUUUGAAGGCCAAAAGCUAGCAGAGUUCCUGGCAACGGCGUUACUUGCAACUGUUGGCGCAAUCUCUUUCAUUGUCGGAUACUUUCGCCAAGACAUCAAAGGUGCAUUGCUCAUAGGCUUGGGUGGAACAGUCCUUACCUUUCUUGCCGUCGUCCCGCCAUGGCCAAUCUUCAACAAACAUCCUGUUAAGUGGUUGCCAGUAGGAGGUCAGAACUUGGACACUUCAGAGCUUAUUAUUGAUGGCUAGUCAUUGGAAUAAGCGGGGUUCAACUCAUAAUGGAUGGCCACGGUCUUGGGGAGUACACAGGCGUUCGAGGAUAUACCAAAACAAUGGACGUUGAUAUUUUUUUCAUUCAUGACUGGUCUGCAAAGACCGGUAGCAUAUGGGGCUCUCCCAGAAACGCCGUCUUGGAAGCUACCCGUGUACGCCUUUAUGCAUAAAAAGCCACUGCAAAAGCCUCUAGGCUCCAUUCGCUGUUCCUGACCACAAGUCUUGCCAAAGCGACCGCCGUCAUAACCGUAUCCGUAGUAUCAUUUCUUCGUAUUAUCGUGUGGGGGGAUCUAACGACCAUACUUUUGGAAUUCCCAAUCUCUAUUGUCGAGCGGGCAUACCUGACGAGUCUUCAACC